AUGGCUACCACUCGCCGACAGUCCGCUCGUUUCUAUUUACCGCCAAGGGCUCCGAGUCCAAUCGCUCGGCUCGCUGGUUCCAGUCCGCUGUUGGUCGCUUUGCUGCUGCUGCUGUUUCCUUCCGAUGCGCUGGUUGCAAAAGUCGUCAAUAGAAUGGGCUAUUCUUCUGUUCGACCAGAUGACUCCACCUCGGAUGACAGCUCUCAGGCCGUGCAGAGUACCGUUACUACAAAAAUCUCCCAGGCCCAGAUUUAUCCUGACGCUAUCGCUACCAAUAUAGGAUUGCGUCGUCUACACUCAUAUCCAAGCGGGUCAGAUACUGACACUAGUCCACCACAGCCAGUUCGCCCAAUAGGAAAACCUCCAGUUCCCGAGCGAAAUGCUGACCUUUUGUCCAAAGUGAAUUGCAAAAGGGUUCCUCCUCCUCCGCCUCCUCGAACAAGCUCUCGCAGUCCGCUUGCCAGUCCUACCAGUCCAAAUAUGCCUCAUCAGAUCCAACAAUUGUCGGAGGUUGAACAGCAGAGUGUGAUUAAUUCUGAAAGUUUGACAAAGGACUCCGGGAUGGAUUCAAGUAGCGAGUCUGUAAAUUCUGACAAUUCUCAACGUCAACAAGCUCUUGAAAUGCGCCACCAAGAAUUACUAAAGAAACAAAAGCAGUUGCAGGAACAGUACCAACGUUUACAACAAAUGAGUAAAAACAAUGUUCCCCUUGUCACACCUGGUGGAAAUGAAGAAAAGAAAAAUGGCCGAGAUUCCAACUUCCUACCAAAAAUAAAAUCACGAUUCAGUGGCUCAAUGAAUAAUCUCGGGGACGAGAAAUGCUCUGUAGCUAUGACUGGUACAUUAGCUGGUAAUGGUAGUAUGCGGAAAGAUAAGAGCGGAGAAUUUACAGCUGGAAUCGGUGCCGGAAGUAACCUUACAAAAACAACCAAUAAAGUAUAUGAAACAGAUAUUCUCUAACAUCAGGCAAAAGGUUGGCGAGAGACUACGGUAGAUUUUUUAUGAAAUAAUUUAAGAUCAAGCACUUUAUACAUUUAACAGUUUAUGCUGAAGUUUUGUUGCGUUUUUUAGUUUUCGUCUGUAUGUGCUGAAUCAUAAUGUUAUUGGUCGAGAUGUUUUUAGAUUGUAUUACAAUUCUAACUG